GCCAGUUGACGUCUGGGUACCUUGUAAUUUUGCUCUAUCUAAUGCCUUCAAAGGCGGCCUAAGGGGCUCGAAGCUUCGUAACUUUAAUCUCGCUACAGGCAUUUGGUUUUCAUGGAGUUUUUACAGUAAAGAGGCAGUGCUUUCCUUACGAUGAACGUGGACAAUGGUUCAAUAUUUACCACGCGAUGCCAGCCAGCAGUUCUACAACUUCUGCCUUUUUCCAGCAACCAUGCAGAUUCAAACACCUCGAGAAACCCUAUAAAUAGACAUGAAACCAGCAAGAACAAGAAUUUCCCUGUGCUAGCGGUGACCCGGACAAACACCGAAACAGCUCGGUCACAAAGCGCAUGCGUCAAACCACGUGAGUCGUCACAGGCGUAUAACUUAGUAGCGUAUCACGCAGCUGCCCAGCGGAAAAAGCUGAUAAGGACACAUUCGGAGCGGAUUUUACGGGGUAAUAAAAACAGGCCCGAGGCUAAAGAUCUGAAGUUGUAUGCAUCGGUAGAAGGAAGUGAGCAAAAACAUGGAUUAGAUAACUUUAACACAAAGACAGCUGGGCAUCUAGAGUCGUCUCCCAGUAGACAGUCUGUCAGUAGGCAGGGCAAGGUGCCAACAACUUUACCAACAACCACGUUUUACACGUCGGAGGAACCUCAGCUGAUGAUUGAAGACGAGGUUUUACAAAGUGCUUCAGUGCCGGUCAAACCUCUACACAGUAUGGAACCUCAGACCAGCACCAGACCUGAAGGCACUUUCAGAAGGUUAAAGCUGAACGUGAAAGAACUUCCGCGCAGUAAAACUCCCAUUCCAGACAAUGACCCCGAUAAGCUUAACAUAAACCACGUGAUUGCGUUCUUGGACAUUCAGGAUCACGAAGAAAGUUCUAGAACAGACAAAAAACACGACACAGUUGCGUCACCCGUAAAGUAUUUUUCUAUCAAGAGAACAAGGGAGAUAACGUUUGACCAAUUAAAGGGCAGCUACUCCGGCGGUGUUCCGGACACGCCCACAUUUACCAAAUCCCAGCCAGCGAAGACGCCUCUGCGGAACACAAAAUCCAAAACCACACACUCCCUCCCUGACCCGAAUAACCAACGUAAAUGGCCGCCGGAGGGUAAUCGUUCACACAGCCACCACUCCCUGGCGAAAUAUUCGGACUACACCACCUACAACAUCAACUCUGACCCUUUAAAAAGGCCAGCCUCCCUCCAAUGGCGGUCAACUCCUAGAUUCGAACAGUCAGAGAACCGGAUCAAAAAACCUUUCCGUCUUCACCGAUUCUUGACCCUUGUCCCAACAGUUUCCAAUGAAGUUCACAACAACCCAAGUUCGAUAACUCACUCACAAAACAACAACAGAUCGUGUUGAAUUCACCGCGGGUCUAACCAAGCUAUCUAGUCACACUGAAGUAAUCGUUCCUGAUACCAAAAGAGUUAACGCCCCUGAACCAAGUCAGGAUAUAUUGCCCAUUACUGUACAUACAUUUCUACAAAAAGGCUCGCUGAAUGCAAUGAAUACGCAAGACGCCCAACAAAGCCGGAAUAAAACGGCUGUUAUUUGUUUACCGACCGCUUAUCUCGAUGCGGAUUCGGAUGACGAGAGUACUACUUUUCCUGCCGCAAACAAGCGGAGUAAUACGCUAACUGCGCAGGUCGCUGAAAACGGUGUAAAAGAUAAAGGAACUACUUCAAACCUCGCUGGAAAAAUCCACCGACCGCAGUCUUUCAACAUCCACAACACAAUUGUAAAUAAUAAACCCCCGAUCGUCAGACCAGCUUCUGAAAACAUUGCAAAUAAUAAACCAGUAAUAAUCAGGCCAGGUUCUGAACAUUUGAAGUAUGAAACAAAUAUUUCAAAAACGAAUACUUUUAAACAGAUGGAUGAGAUGGCUGCUAGUAAAACACGAUUUCCUUCACUUACAAAUUUCUUGACAGAAGAUACGAACUCACCAAUCAGGAACCCAGCGUUCGAAGGUACG